AUGCGUUCAUUGAGAAAAACUUACGGAAGAUUACAAAUUUUAGAUGAAACUGAAAGUAUAAAUUCUAUAAAACAAACUGAAAAUGAGAUGUUCAGUUCAUUAAGUACUUCUGUUUCUUUAACUUCAAGUCCUACUAUUUAUUCUAAUUCUGAGCUGACUCCUCGAUCUAAAGUGAAAGCUACCUUAGCGCGAUUCGAUAUAGAUGAAUUUGAAUUGUAUGAUGAUAGUAAACAUUCUAGUCUUUUGUUAGAUGGAGCUGCUCAAUUCUUUAAUAAUAAAAAGUCUUCUGGUUCUGUAAAAGACUGCAAUACUUAUUUAAAUGAGGACUUAUCACCAGAGAUUAUUUCUAAAGAUAGUGCUUAUGAAAGAGUUAAAAAAAUGUUGAUCAGGCAAACUGUGAAUAAGGAUAAUGAAUGUCAUUUUAAUACAAAACAUGAUAUUUUAAAAUUAAGAGAAAAAGAUAAUCUGCUUAAUAAAGGUUUAUUUAAUGUAUUGGAUACGUCUUUGUCUUCGGAUUCGUCUGAGAAACUUAUAUUUGGUUCUGGGCUAAAAGAAAAAUCAAGUUUAGUACAAUCAGGUCAAAAAAAGCAUACAUAUCUAGAAACUCAGAAGUCUGAAACUUCUGGUGAUGCUUUGGAUCAUAAUUUUAGUCUUAAAAAGGAUUGUUCUUUGAUUAAAAAGAAAAAAAGAGCUAUUACUAAGAAAGUAAUGGAAGAAAUGCAGAAAGAAACUGAAAGAAUGGACAGGGGUAUGGCGUUGGUUCCUGAGAGAAGGCUUGAUAAAAAGACAUCUAUUUUGAAUUUUUUAAAAAAAGUGGGUUACAGAGCGGAUUCUGUGUUCGAAUCUUCUUUAGAUCAACAGGGUUCUGAAAAAGAAUCUGAAACUACUCUAAUUGCUUCUGAAUUAGAUAUUUCAUUUACAGAUAAUAAUCAUUCUCAAAAUAAUGAUUAUUCUUUGAAUAUCUCUUCUAAAGACCAGAUGUCACUUUCAUUAGAUUUUGAAAUACCAAAUAUUAUAUCUAAAUUUCCGAAAGCGGCUAAGCCUUGUUUAAUUUCUAAACAAAUUGAAGUUGUUAAUUAUCAAAAUCAUAAAAAGAUGUCAUUUAAAACACUUGUUUUUGAAAAUAGCUCGGAUUCAGAGUUGGAAAUUGAUUCUUUAUUUUAUAAUUCGAAAAAUUCCGAAAAAGAAUUUAAAUCAUUUAUGUCUUGUGGGGAAACCCAUGUUUCUUAUUUUGAUUUGGCUAGACUUGGAUCACCGAGCCAGAAAAGUAGGAUUAAAAAUAAACUGUUUGAUCACGAGUUAUUGGUAAAGGCUGCAGAACAGGUUAAAUCUGAGCGUUUGGAACGUGAAGAUGAACUUAAGCGAAAAGGCAUUGUUUUGACUUCUUUUGAAGAAAGAGCUAAAGAAGUUGUUGAAGUUGAUGAUUUAGUAGAAAAGGAAAGGUUGAAGGCAGAAGAUGUUAGAAACAUUGAUAAUGAUAAUGAUGAUGAUGAUGAUAAUAUAUGGAAUAAUGUAUGUGUUGCUCAAAAUGCCAAAAAAAGUAAUGAUGAAUUUUUUAAUAUUGAUAAUCAUAAUGGAGAUAUUAUUCAUGACGAUAAUAAUGUGAAUAUUAAUGUUGAUUUGGAUUUUUCUGGUCAUUCGGAUUUAAAGGAUAUUGAGAAUGUAAAAAUAUAUGAUGCUGAUCAAAAUGAUCAAUCAGAUUUAUUGAGUUCGGAAGAAUCUGAAGGAGCUCAAUAUGUAUUAGAUGAAAUGGAAGAGGCUACUAUUAGAACAAAGAUUUGUCGAAAUAAUGCUCGUAGAGUUAUAAUGGAUGAUGAAAAUGAGUAUAAUGACUUUUGUAAUUCCAGACCGUUGCAAGAUUCUGUCGAUAAUAUUUUUAAUCUUUCUCAGUUUUUUUCUUCCACUUUGCCUAAUAAGCAUAUUGCUAAUGACUUUUUGGAAAACAAUAUUAUAGAUGAAAAGAUAGUAAACGAAACUUUAAAUGUAGAUGAUUUAUCUAAAGAGAUGUCUUUCAAAUUAUCUCAAGCAAAUGUUAAUCUCAAUUUAGAAACGUUAGAUAAUAUGAAUGAUUCUAAUUGCAAGUUAGUGUCCUUUUCUGGUAAUAGGAAUUUUGAUAAUGUAGAAAAAGAAUUUGAAAAUACUCAGUUGUCUAUGUUUGAUCCUCCUUCUUCUGAUAUAGUUUUUGAUAAUUUUUCCGUAUCACCUAGAUAUUUGCAUUCAAAUACUAUAGAGGUUGGCUUAAAUGUUGACGUAAAUUUACCAUCAAAUAUUUUAGUUGGAGAUUUUAAAAGAAAAAAGCGUCUUAUUCAACGGGUUUCUAGUAACAAUAAUUAUAGUGAUAUCGUAAACAAUGAUGAAAAUGUUUUUUCUUCAGCUACAAAUUCAAAAUGUAAUUUUGAAUCUAAUAACUAUAAACAUCUUGCAAGUAAACCUGAAGAAUUUAUUGAAGAUCAGGCUCAGGAAUCUGAUGAUGAAUAUGCUGGUUUGGGAGGAACAAGUGAUGAUGAUGAUUUGGAUGACGUUAAAGAACUUGAAGAUAUGAUUGAUAAUACUGUUUCUUUUCAGGAUAUAGAUGCAAGUGAUAUUGCUGCAUAUUAUAUGAAAAAAGAAAUAGAUAAUGAUAUGAAAAUUAUUAGUAAUUUAUACAAUGAUAUAACAACUGGAAAUUUAAAAAAAAGACGUAAUGUUAUGCUCUUCGAUUUAGAUGAUUCGGAUGAUGAUGAAAGUUUUCAAAGACGUAAUAAAAGACAACAAAUUAUAAGACAAAAGCUUUUAGAUAAUCAAAAUCUUUCUUUUAUGGCUGAUAAUCCAAAAAUGAAAGCUUUUUUGAGUACAAUAGAAGAUAAUCAAGAAAAUUUACAAUCAUUUGUAGAUGUUAUUGAUGAUGAAAGUCUUAAAUCACAAAAGAGUAAUGAUGAUAUUAAAAAUCUAAUUUUUCCUGAUGCUGUUUUAAACGUCGAUAAUAUUGUAGAAAACGUAUUGCCUGAAUCUAGAAUAUUAUACUCCAAGAAAUAUGCUGAUAUAAAAAAAGAACUUUCAUUUUUCGUUGAUCAGCAAGACACAAAAACAUUUGCAGAUGUGUUGAUUGAUAAUGAUGUAAAAAAAAGAUUUGACAACUUUACAGGUGUUAUCGAUAGAGUAGCUGAUAAAUGUGUAUCAAAAGAACUAUUUUGUUUCCCAUUUUCAGUAUUUAGCAAAGGAAAGUUUGCGAAUUCGCUUUUUAAAAGGUCUCUUUUUGGAAAAGAUCAUUUAUCUAAUAAUGAUGACUGUUUUAUUGAAAAAAAAAAAAAUGUUUUAGGUGAAAUUUUUAAAACAAGCUCUAUUAAUUUUGCUUCGAAAUUAGCUUCUAGAGCAGUUAAUUAUAAUAGGUCAGUUAUUGCAAAGAAUUUAAAAGUUACAGAUUCUAAAAUACUAAAUAAAAAGGCUGUUAAUGAAAAACGGAAAAGUAAUGUAUUAAAGUUGUUUCAGGCUAAUACAAUUAUUGCAUAG